GCCGCCGACCCGCGGCUCCAGGGCAUUUCCGACGCCAUCCGCGUCGUCCCGCACUUCCCCAAGCCAGGGAUCAUGUUCAACGACAUCACGGCGCUGCUGCUGCGGCCGGGCGUGUUCAAGGACGCCGUGGACUUGUUCGUGGAGCGCUACCGCGGCAUGGGCAUCGCGGCCGUCGCAGGCAUUGAAGCAAGAGGAUUCAUAUUUGGCCCCGCGAUCGCGUUGGCCAUCGGGGCCAAAUUCAUACCGCUGCGCAAACCCGGCAAACUCCCAGGUGCGGUGAUUUCCGAGAAUUAUACGCUCGAGUAUGGGACGGAUUGCUUGGAGAUGCAUGUUGGAGCCGUCGAGCCCGGCGACCGUGUGGUGGUCGUGGAUGAUCUGGUUGCAACCGGCGGGACACUUUCUGCAGCCAUAAAACUUCUUGAACGCGCUGCAGCUGACGUUGUUGAGUGUGCAUGCCUCAUCGGACUCCCUAAGUUUAAGGAUUUCUACAAGCUCGAUGGAAAGCCAGUUUACAUACUGGUGGAGUCCAAAAAGUGAAAUGAUGAUGAUUGAUCAGAAAAAGGAUCACAGCUUCAUUCCUUUGCAAGAGCGCAUGGUGGAUGUGUCUUGAUAACUCUGCAGUACACUGUCAGGGGCAGCUGCUAUUGCUAAGUGUCUUGGUGGAGAGGGUGAGAUAGAUGAGAUGUAGUCUUCCUAGCACUAGUUUUCCAGUAGUGGAGUAUUUGAUGAGAGCUUGUAGCUAUUUCUGUCGGGAAUCACCACUGUUAGCUGCAAAGAAAAGAACCAUCCUGCUGUUCAGGUUCUUUUUAUGAGAAUUUUUUGUGUAUCUCCGCAUUAGUUUAUCCCAUUGUCUCUAAAUUUUUUUGAA